UCUGUAGGCGUAACCAGCUCCUCCAGCAAAAAUUCUGUUUAUGUGUAUUGUUAUAUAUGUGCCAGUGCGAUACAGCUAGAAACAAAACAUCAUCUGCUUAUCCUAGUGGCUUCAAUGUGUCAGAUGUGUUGCAGUUAUAGAAGAAAAAUAGGGUUGUACAUUUUAAAAAAAAUAGCGCACGUACGUGACAACUAGCGAUCAUGUUUUCACUACCAAUACAUUAAUACGCCUUCAGUUAACUAUAUAUAUGUGUCUGGCGAUUUCUAGGCAAGGAUUCAGCUAGGACAACAAAAAUUCAAACAGCAGGCUUUAGAUAAAUAAAUGAUUAGUUAUUUUGCUCAUUAGUAGCUUUGAUGUCUUUGAACCAACCCAUGAAUUAUCUGCACCAGCUUCAAUGAGCUCAGAAAUAUUGGAGUGUUGAGCAAGCCUUUUUUUCUUGCUGUUAUGAGUGAUAAUUUACUUUUGCGGAUUUUAGAGCUGGUGUUUAUCAAAUAAGGAAUUAACCUAUCGUAAUGGAUAACAACGAUUAUUCUAGCAAGAACAGAAAUCAUAAGGCGUUUUAAAUUAUUGUUGACUGAAUGCCAGGGUGCAAACUUUUCUUGCAAGUCAAAACAUUCAGAGACCACUUAAUUGGCACUACAUAUUUCUCAAUUUAAAGACUUUUUAGGAAUUAAUCUAUUCAGAUAAUCAGUUUUAAAGCAAUAUGCGGCACUACAAAAUUUUAGAGCAUCAAUUUUGUUUUUAAAUAAAUUUGUUGAAGUUAUACUUUUGCUUCCAUCACCCAAAUGCUUGUAUGCAUUUUUACAAAACAUCUAAAUGACAAAUAGCUAUUUUUGAAAAAUUUUUCUAAAUUUGUUUCUUGAGAACAGUUUUAAUUUUUAGAAACGUGCAAUAAUAGCUCCAGAAAUUUGUGUGACUGAGCUUUUAAAGCCAUUUUAGGAUUUCUGACUGGUAUCAGCAUUUCUUUCACCCACUAAGAACACUGAAACUCAUAACACAGAGACUGAGUAACGUGGGCUAGUAAUCUAAUCAUGGUCAGCCGUAGGGCAACAAAAACAACUAGAGCUGGCACAAGUGCUGUUAACGAUGAGGAUAAAGAAUCUUCAGAUGGAAAAGAUGAUGAUGUAGAAGAAACCAGGAGACUUAUAUCCAGUGGUGACCAGAAACCAUGGUGCAAGGUGGUCUUCAGCUAUCCCAGCUAUGUCCUGCUUUUAUUGCUUUUGGCCUACCUGUUGAACCAGCUGGACCGUUACAUGUUGGCCAUCACCAUCAGAUCAGUUGCCCAUGACCUCAAGUUUGGCAACAUGGCCUGCUUCCUCAAUACAACAUUAAGUGCAAAGGAAACUUUGGGUGUCAAGUGCAACAUGACUUCUAAAGACAGCUGCUUAAACAUAACAAAUACAGCAGGUGUGCCAGCGUGUGCAUGGGACUACAAUGGUCAGGGACUGGAAUAUCAGAUCCUCGCUGGUCCCAUCUUCAUUCUGGAUUACACUUUCAUGGGAAUUUUGGUUGGUUUCGCUGCUGACACAUUCAAUCGCAAAAACAUGCUGGCAGUCUGCCUGUUCUUCUGGUCCGCCAUGACGUCCCUGACUGGGCUGGUCACAGAGUACUGGCAGCUGGUGGUGCUUCGCGUCCUUUUGGGAAUGGGAGAGGCUGGGUGCACACCAUUUGCCAUCAGCAUCCUGACUGACUACUCCCCUAGUCAACGUGGAAUUACAGUCAGCAUCUACAAUCUGGGCAUCUACACAGGCUACAGCCUUGCUUUUGUUCUGGGAAACUUCAUCACUCUUGCCAACAUUAACCAACAGGGCUGGAGAUGGGCAUUUUACAUUUCUGGAAUGCCAGGCAUAAUCCUAGCGAUCUUGAUUUUCUUGAGUGUUAGAGAGCCACAGCGCACAUCAUUUGCUUCUUCAAAAGAGGACGCCCCUAACAGUCAUGACAGCGUCUUAGAAAUGUCGCCUUGUCAAAAACUCUGUCGCACUCUACGGAUGUUCUCACAACCCUCUCUUAUACUUUUGUGCUUGGGAGGGUCUUUGAGAAAUGCUGCUGGUUAUGUGUGGGCCUACAACUCUCAGCCUUACUUUGAAGCUGUUGGUGAGAGCAAAGAACAGAUUGGUGCCUUCAUGUCCUGGGUACCACUUGUGGGAGGCAGUCUUGGUGUGAUUCUUGGUGGAAAAAUAUCUGAUGUGUGGGUCAACAAGCUCGGACCUAUCUCACGGGUUUUGGUUUUGACAGCCAGUCAGCUUGUUGCUGCUCCAUUUGCUGCAGCAACUCUGUUAUUUAAGGCCCCUGUCUCAUUCAGCAUGCAGAUUCCAACAUACAUUAUUGUUGCUGUAAGAUUGGACAUAUAACUUUCUUCUUGCCUGUCAACUUCAGUGACUCUGCUUGCAUUUGAUAAAACAAGCAUCAAACAAAUGAUAACUAAGGUCAACUGAAAUAUAAGAAUGCAUAAUUGACCCAUGAGG